UGCCAGCGUCACUGCCUCGCAUGAGGAAGAGGACGUCAGCGUAAAAGCUGUGAGUUGGAAGAUAUGAAAUGGGUUUAAAGUAUUAGCGAUAUAAUUGUGUUUUAAAGUAUUGGAGAUAUUUCAAUAGCAGUAAACGAAUGGGUUGCAUCAGCGUUUUGCUGUAUGUAUCGGACCAUUGCUUGGAGACGUUGUGUAGCGUUUAAUGGUUGAAGAUGUCGUGGAUAAGAGAAGGAGAAUUAAACCUUAUUGAGCGUCUCUCGGCAAACGUCCUGAAGGCCGGUCCUGUUCCUAAACAUGUCGCCUUCAUCAUGGAUGGGAACCGACGCUUUGCUCGCAAGAAACACGUUGAUAGGCAGGAGGGACACUCCCAGGGAUUCAACAAACUAGCAGAGACCCUGCGCUGGUGCCUCCAGCUGGACAUCCCAGAGGUGACUGUUUAUGCCUUCAGCAUUGAGAACUUCAACCGCUCGCGCGAGGAGGUGGACGGAUUGAUGGAGCUCGCCAAACUCAAGUUCCUCAGACUGCUUGAUGAGCGGGAUAAGCUGGAGAAGCACGGCGUGUGCAUCCGUGUCCUCGGUGACCUCACCCUACUGCCGCUCGACCUCCAGCAGCUCAUUGCUAAGGCCGUGGUCGCGACCAGAGAUCACAACCGAUGUUUUCUGAACGUGUGUUUUGCCUACACUUCGAGACAUGAGAUGGCCAACGCGGUGAGAGAGAUGGCAUGGGGGGUGGAGCAAGGGCUCAUCAAAGCCAGCGACGUGUCCGAGGCCCUUCUCAGCGAGUGUCUGUACAGCAGUAACUCGCCGAACCCUGACCUCCUCAUCCGAACCUCCGGGGAGGUGCGCCUCAGUGACUUCCUCCUCUGGCAGACUUCCCACUCCUGCUUGGUGUUCCAGUCGGUCCUCUGGCCCGAGUAUUCCUUCUGGAACCUCUGUGACGCUGUCAUCCAGUACCAGUGUAACCACGCCUCCAUCAUGAAAGCCCGCGAGCUCCACCAGGACGAGCAGCGCCGGCAGCAGCUGGAGGCGGACCACGCCUGCGUCGCCGAGCUCCUGCAUCACCAUGGCAACGGCAAGCCGGCCGACGGCCCUCGGAGGCAGGAGGCGGUCGCGGAGUACGGCUUGCGGCGGGAGGCCAGGGUGAAGGACUUCCUGGAAGCGCUGCGGAACAAGAGAGACUCUUUUCUCACCCAGCUCGCCAGUCAAGCCACCGUAGCAUAGCGUAGCACGGGGCUAACCAACACCCCCCCCGCCCUCCACUUCCUCUUCCCCUCUGUGCUGCCAUGGCAACCGGAAGAGAGGUCUGACAGUCAGACAGUCUGGGCCGAAGUUGAUUCUUUUUUUUUAUCUGUGAUUUCUACGAGGACGGAAGGAGGGCAAUUUGACCCCUAUGGGGCUGUAAGAGGGGUAUUUAUGUUUGUAGAUAAAAUGUUUCAAUGUCCAAAACUGGUCAAGGUGUAGCUCAUAAAUCUGUUGUGUUCGACACGUGGGACAGAGCAGAAAGAUAUAAAUGUUUGGAAUACGUUACUAAGGCCACCAGCCAUAAGAAUGAGCUUGGUCUGAAAGCACAACGUGCCAUUCUUUAUGCUGUUGUGUUGACAGUUUACAGAACUAUAUUUUGACCAACUUUAAUGAUAGUGAUGCUAAUGUUGUGAUUAUAUGUAUAUUAAUGUUAGUAAAAAGCGGCCUGAUUCAUGUUAUGUUUUCUGAAUUCCUUGCAUCAGUACUUUUGUUGUCAAUAAUUUGAGGGGUUUAUUGUAUUUAGAUCGUGGAAGAACAUGAAGGAAGUUUGGUUUUAAAACUAUAAACUAUAGCAAAUGUGGGUUUGCUCCACUCAUGAAGCAAUUUUUUGUAUGUUCUAUAAUGACCAUAGAAUUAUAUUACAACAAAAUCAAGUCCUAACCUUGUAUAACAACCAUUGGUAAGUACAGUAUAUAAGUAAAUAUUCUAAAACUAUUCUUAAAGAGUGACCUUCUGAGGAGGUCUAACAAAUGACGGAAUGACUCCAUGACUUGAUCCGGCGAGUCUUGGGAGAGUUUGGGGGAACUUUUGGGGACGCUGUCUCUUUAAGGAAUGGGCGGUGCCCGAAACCACGUGAUUUAUUGACAUCCAAUGAGUGACUUCAAAAUACUGAACCAGUUGGAACCGGUUGCGUUCUUAUAUUCCGAUGUAUAAACUAUUAAAACGUCGCGUCGAAUUUACACUCGCCACCGUACACUCCCGAGGUAUAGUGGUCAAAUCUCCCAGGACGACGCAGUCUUACACUUAAUUUAUAUUUUUUUAUCGCUGAAUCUGCCCACCAACAAAACCAAUCAUGCCCAAAAGAAAGAAUGACGCCAAAACUGCCGCUGCGCCAGCACGGAGGUCUUCGCGUUUGGCAGAUAAGCCAGACUCAGCCAACCCAGCCGCUAAAGUAGCCAAGAAGGCUGCACCAAAAAAGGUAGCCAAGGGAAAGAAGGCUGCCGCCCCCGCUGAGAACGGAGACGCCAAGACCGAGGCACCAAAGGUGGAGGCAGCAGGAGACGCCAAAUAGGCCGAAGGUUGAAGUUUUCCUCCAUGUGUGUACUUGGUGACUGUACAGAUUCAAGUAUUUUUUACCAAGUUUUAUAUUAAAAAUGUUUUAUGGGUUGUCUUUAGGGCACUUGAUGUUGAGGGGGUGGGGGCGGGGGGUUUUCAUGUUCAUAUCCAAUUUAUUUUUUAUUUUUGAAUGUCAUUUUUAAAGGAUGCCGUCCAUUACCUGUAAAAGUAACGUUAUACGAACUUGUCUAAUCUUGUUUUUUUAACUGCUGAUUAAUACAGAUAUUUUCCUACAUUGUGGAUUUUUGAAUCUUUUAAUUUCAAUCCCAAACGUUAUCUCAAGGCAGCUAAAUGCGAGUUACUAAAGUAUCGGCGGGAGGGGCACAGGAAGUGGUGGCGUUCUCCCAUCGACUAAAGAACCAGGACUAGCAUAGCGAUCGUCUAGCGUACACUGUAUGUUGGCUCGCCCACACCGGGGUAAACGCCGGUCCGUAAGGAAGACGUCGUAUUUGGCCAACAGUUUUUAAAACAACCUCCAGCACCGUGACCUGAUGUGAAGUUUAUCAUUUGACCGAACGUUGACUGAAGCUUUUUAAAUUAUGUUGUGUAGCUCGUAUGAAAAAAAAACUUUUUAUGACUCAUGGUUCUAAAUGUUCUUGAAUAAAUUGUUCCAAAUUCACUUGAGGUUUUUUUUUAAGAAAUGGGUCGACGUUCGAACCGUGUACAGUAAGGUCGUAGCCGUGAAUGUGAAGUUAAUUCGGGUCCAUCCGGUGGUAUUUGUUCUGUGCUUUCUUUAUGUCUGGUAGCAUCAUUGAGCAACUUAUUUAAUUAUCUCCUAAAUCAACUGAUUCUUACUCAAUAAAACUUAAACCAAUA